GUUGCAUAACUUUAAAUGGGUUGCACAACUAGACUGCUUGUGCCUCACUGUACAUGGCGGAAAACUGCGUCCACAUGUGUCCUUACGUAUCCAUGUGACGUCACACCGGCACAAGUGUUACUUAAGCAACUUUUUCCAACUCACAUCACUGCGAACUUUUCAGCCGGUUACCAGACUAUCCUGCCUGGAGAAAAAGACAUGGCUCUCAGAAGUGCUGCCGUCCGUCUCCUCUCCAACACCCAAAAAUGUGCUGUUGUCACCACAUCUCGGGCUCAGGGCACAGUUGCAGCUGCCCAACAUGCUGAAGAAACCAAAAAGCCAGCAAAGGCAUCCAAGGUGCCAUUCAACUGGCGGGACGCUCUGGAUCUGGAGGGUCAACUGACAGAGGAGGAGGUCAUGAUCCGGGACUCCUUCCGUGACUACUGCCAAGAAAAACUCAUGCCCCGCAUCUUGAUGGCCAACCGACACGAACAUUUCCACCGUGAAAUUGUCUCAGAGAUGGGAGACCUGGGUGUUUUGGGCCCAACUAUCAAAGGAUAUGGCUGUGCAGGCACUAGUUACGUGGCGUAUGGCUUAAUUGCCAGAGAGGUUGAGAGAGUGGACAGUGGGUAUCGAUCAGUCAUGAGUGUUCAGUCUUCACUGGUCAUGCACCCUAUCAAUGCUUACGGCACUGAGGCCCAGAAGGAGAAAUACCUGCCCAGGCUUGCUCGUGGAGAAAUCCUGGGCUGCUUUGGUUUGACAGAACCAAACCAUGGCAGUGAUCCCAGCAGUAUGGAGACCAAGGCCAAGUACAACCCAUCCAGUGGCACCUUCACCAUCAGUGGGGCAAAGACAUGGAUCACUAAUUCCCCUGUGGCAGACAUCGCUGUGGUAUGGGCCAAAUGUGAAGAUGGUAGGGUUCGGGGUUUCAUCCUGGAGCGUGGAAUGAAGGGUUUUGCCACUCCAAAGAUCGAAGGGAAAUUCUCCCUGAGAGCAUCUGCCACCGGUAUGAUCCUAAUGGAUGAGGUGGAAGUUCCCCAGGAGAACCUGCUGCCUAAUGUCUCCGGUCUGGCUGGUCCUUUUGGAUGCCUCAACAAUGCUCGGUAUGGCAUUGCCUGGGGGGCUCUGGGAGCUGCGGAAUUCUGCUUCCACGCUGCACGACAGUACACGCUGGACAGGAUCCAGUUCGGGGUGCCACUGGCCCGGAACCAGCUGAUGCAGAAGAAAAUGGCUGACAUGUUGACAGAGAUCACUAUUGGGCUGCAGUCGUGUUUGACUCUGGGAAGACUUAUUGAUGAGAAGAAAUCAGCACCAGAGAUGAUCUCCUUACUGAAGAGAAAUAGCUGUGGUAAGGCCUUAGAUAUCGCCAGACAAGCCAGAGACAUGCUGGGAGGGAAUGGAAUCGCAGAUGAGUACCACAUCAUCCGUCAUGUUAUGAACCUGGAGGCUGUAAACACAUAUGAGGGAACACACGACAUACACGCUUUGAUCCUGGGCAGAGCAAUCACCGGACUACAGUCUUUUACUGUUGGAAAGUAAAGCUCAUCUAUGUAUGGACAUGGACUUCCUGUGGACACAUCUGUCUUCUUAUGAACACGACUUUGGAGGGAAUAUCUUAUUGGUGGAAAUGUAGCACUUAAUCUUUUUCUUUAGGUUCCCAAAUAUCAAACACCUCAUCCCAUCCAUUUGUGUUCCUUAAAGGGACCAUCUUUGGGACUGUAAUAAUGAAUGUGUGUAGAAUUAGAAAGUGUGUAUUUUAAGGAUUAUGGAGUAAUGAGUUGGUUAUGAUGAAAAAAUUGAAUAUGUAAAUACAUGGCUUUAAUAUGAGGGAGGAUGUGAGUGAGUGCAACUUAACUGCUGUAUGUAUUGAUCCCCUAAUGUUGAAAUAAAUGUAAUUAUCUUC